AUGAAGAUUUUAGUUUUUAUAAGUCUUUUUGUGUAUGCCUCGUCGACGUCGGAGAGGGAAUUAUAUCCGCGCUACAUACAAUUCCCUGACGGCGACGGUGAGAUGCACCAAGUUGAUUUAGAAGCCCAGCCUGAUGUAGAGUUUUUGAAUGAGAUACAAAGGAAUGCGGCGAAUAAUCAAUACCUCUUGUACACACGACGGAAUUCGAGAAACUCGCAGAGACUACUUAUGAACGAUGCCAAUUCAAUAAGAAAUUCGAACUUCAAUGCUCAACACCCCACAGUUGUGUCAGUCCAUGGCUGGCUUAGUAAUCAAAACACUCAGAUCAAUCCAACAAUUCGUAACGCUUUUCUCGGUAAAGGUGACUACAAUGUUAUUAUACUAGAUUGGAGCAGACUUGCAAGGCGUGAUUAUGUAACCGCUGCGGCUGGUGUACCAGAUGUUGGACGCGGUUUGGGACAAUUUCUAAAUUUCCUACACCAAACUACGGGAGCUCCAUUUGAUAAAAUGCACCUUGUAGGAUUCAGUCUCGGUGCACACAUUGUAGGAAACGCAGGAAGAGAAUUGAGAGGACGAAUAGCUAGAGUCACAGGAUUAGAUCCAGCAGGGCCUCUAUGGAAUCUCAACAGAAAUCGCCUAAGUCCCUCCGACGGUGUCUAUGUAGAGGCUAUUCACACUGAUAGUGGAUACACUGUCGGCGGUCUUGGAAUUGGUACGGCAAUUGCUGAUGCAGAUUUCUUCCCUAAUGGUGGUAUAAGACAGCCUGGAUGUCUCACCAAUGUAUGCAACCAUAAUCGCGCUUGGCAGUUAUUCGCCUCUACGGUGACAAGAAAUCAUUUAGAAGGAAGACUGUGCUCCUCCAUGACUCAGGUUAAUUUGAACUCUUGCCGCGGGAGGUCGUUACGUAUGGGCAACGAUAUUUUGAAUAAACGAGGAUCUGGAAUAUACAGAGUGGACACAAGAGGUAGCUAUCCUUAUUGA